AUCCGGCCCUGGCGGGAGGCGCUGACGCGGAGCCCCAAGUAGUGCGCCGCUCCACUCCGAGCUCCAGUCCGCUCUUUCGCGCUUUCCUGCCUCCGUUCACUUAAAGCGGCAGCGCCGCCGACUAGGUACUCAGAGAACGGAUAACGGUACUUGGAGGAACCGGGAUGUGCAACGAAAAGGGGCCGAAAUACGGCCAAGUGCGUCCGGCGGCAUGCAGGCGUGCUGUGGAGCUGCUUGUGCUGCUGGCAGUUCUGGAGACCGGGCUUGGGAAUCGCCGAACCGGAGGAAGACAUGUAGAAGGAAAAAGAGAACGAGGGAAUUUCCCUGGAGAUGAGGUCACUAUUAUCUGGCCUUCCACAGGACGAACGAAACGUGAAGCAGGUGCAGACAAUAAGGUGCUGCAUCCAGAUACUGCGGAGAUCGAAUUAACGGCUGAAGGCAAAGAGUUGGUCCUAGAGAUUGAACGUAAUCAACAAUUGCUGAGCCGAAGUUUCACGGAGACCUAUUAUGAUAAGAAUGGGGAGCCAGUGACAAUCACACCAAAUUACACAAACCAUUGCUUCUACCAUGGGGAAGUGAGAGGCCAUGCUGGAUCGUGGGUUGUUCUGAGCACUUGCACUGGGGUCAGGGGGCUAGUUGUUCUCAACUCCAAUGACAGCUACUACCUGGAGCCCAGGGGAGGGGAGGACUCUACUCACCAUAGAAUCUACCGGACAGCACAUCUUCCAGUCCAGAGUGGUUCCUGUGGACAGGCGCCUGGUGCGUCACCAAACCACCACCUAACUGACCUGCAAAAUCUUGUCAGUCAUGUUAAACCUUUGCAUCAAAGGAUAAAAAGAGAUACCUGGACAACUACUAAAUACAUGGAACUCUUCAUUGUUGCAGACUAUACUUUGUAUCAAAAACAAAAUCGUGAUUAUGAAAAAACAAAACAGAGAAUAAUUGAGAUAGCCAACUAUGUUGAUAAGUUUUACAGGGCUCUGAAUAUCCGGGUACCUCUCAUUGGCCUGGAGGUGUGGACUGAAGGGGACCAGUGCACAGUGCGUGAGGAGCCCAACGCCACUCUAUGGUCAUUUCUGCAAUGGAAGCAGAAGCUGAAAGCAAGGAAGAAACAUGACAAUGCACAACUGCUCACGGGUGUAACUUUUAAAGGUACUACCAUAGGCAUGGCACCUCUUGAGGGGAUGUGCAGCCAUGAGAAUUCGGGUGGCAUCAAUGUGGAUCAUUCAGAGGAACCAAUUGGAGCAGCAGCCACCAUGGCCCAUGAAAUUGGACAUAAUUUUGGGAUGAGCCAUGACAAUCAGGGAUGUUGUGUAGAAGCCACACCAGCACAAGGUGGAUGUGUAAUGGCUGCUGCUACUGGGCAUCCUUUUCCCCGUGUAUUUAGUGCCUGCAGUAAGAAGGACCUGGCUAAAUAUUUCCACAAAGGUGGAGGAAUGUGCCUUUAUAACAUACCAGACAUGAAGGACCUGGUUGGAGGAAAGCGCUGUGGCAAUGGGUUUGUGGAGGAUGGAGAGGAAUGCGACUGCGGAGAACCUGAGGAAUGUACAAAUCCUUGUUGUAAUCCAAACAACUGCACCCUGAAAGCUGAAGCCCAGUGUGCUCAUGGUGUGUGCUGCGAAUCCUGCAAGCUAAAGGAAGCAGGUACGAUGUGCAGAGAACCAGCAGGUGCCUGUGACCUCCCUGAAUACUGCACAGGAUCCUCUCCUUACUGCCCCUCUAAUGUCUACCUCCUGGAUGGUUCAGUCUGCCUGUAUGGCCAAGCCUACUGCUACAAUGGAAUGUGCCUCACUCAUGAGCAACAGUGCAUUGAGCUCUGGGGAUAUGGUGCACAGCCUGCCCCUGAUGCUUGCUUCCAGGAUGUCAAUGCUGCUGGGAAUGCCUAUGGAAACUGUGGAAAAGAUAACCAAGGGAACUAUGUGAGGUGUAAAGGAAGCGAUGCAAAAUGUGGGAAAAUUCAGUGCCAGAGUGCAGCAAAGAAGCCAGUUGGAACCAAUGCUGUUUCUAUAGACACCACAAUUCGUUUCAAUGGUCGGGAAGUGAAGUGUCGUGGAACCUUUGUAUAUGCCACUCAGGAUGGGGAGGGAGACAUGCCAGAUCCAGGGCUCGUCAUGACAGGCACCAAAUGUGGUGACGGGAAGAUCUGCAGAGAAAGAAAGUGUCAGAACGAGUCUUUCUCAGAGCUUGCUGCCUGUGUCUCCCAGUGUAAUGGCCAUGGGGUCUGCAACAGCAAUAAGAACUGCCACUGUGAUCCUGGAUGGGCUCCUCCAUUUUGCAGAAAGCCUGGCCUUGGUGGCAGUGUGGACAGUGGCCCUGUGCAGAACCACAGUCAGCAAGGCCUUGUUGCUGGACUUUUGUUUACAUUCCUAGUAAUACUGCCAGGUGUUCUUGGAUUAUUUUAUUGUUACAAAGUGAAGACUUCCCCUUAUCAUAAAUGGCUGGCAGAAAGAAGGCAGAAAACUAAAGUAUGCAGAAAAGAGGCGUCUGAAGAGAAAACCAAAAAUGGGCAAAUUAACCCUGAUUUUCAUCUGAAGAUAAUAGGAUCAUCAAGUAAUAAUGCAAAGAAGCCUUCGAAAACUGGUCAAGAGAUCCUGCCUCUGAGACCCGGGCCUACAGUAAAUGGACCACAUCCUGUGAACAUUGUACGCCCACUUCGACCCGCGCCUACACCUGACAUCCAGCGCAAUGUGAAGAUGCCUAGGCCAGUCAUGCCAGCUGGAAAACCUCCUCCUACCCCAACAAAAUUCACAAGCACCACAGAAAAACUGAUCCCUCCAAAGAAACCUCUGCCAGUUAAUCCUACUAGGACACCUUUGUUAGCAGCUGACUUGUCCCCUAAGCAGUCAUCCAGUCCUCCUCAGAGACCUCUGCCACUAAACCCAUCUCCCGCCAGAGGUGGGCUUCCAAAGAGAGACGAAGGGCUUUUAGUGAUGAUGCCACCAGCAAAUCACAAACCAGUAGGAAAGGCAGCUGUCAUUCCUCCAGCAAAACCACUGAAGCCAUCCCUUCCUCAAAAGCCUAAACCCAGUAUAAACCCAAUCAUAGUCCCGUUCGCAUUCCGAAAAUGACCUUGGGAGAAAACUAAAUAGACUUCUUUGCUUUUCUGUUGAGACUAUUUGCACUAAUCAGUAUACAUAUAUGGUUGGGAACACCUCAGGAUGCAUUUAGUUUACAAAGGGUGCCAAAAAAUAUCAUCCUGUGGAAGAAUCUAUGGUGAACUCUUACAUUGGCAAGGCAAAAGAUGACGUGGUUAUAAAGAGAUAACUGAGACUCUGGACUGUGAAAAAAUUCACCCUGGAAUGGGACAGCGCUCAAUCAUCAACAUGAUCUAUUUGUAUUUUUUUUUUUUUUUUUAUGAAAAUUGAUUUUUGUAUGUGUAAUGCACCAAAGAUUUAAUUGGAUUUGUUUUUUUCAUGAGUGUGCGUGCUUGUUUGUAAUUUUAUUGUUUCUAAACUCUAGCUGACUACUUUAAAAGUCUGUGCCCCUAAGUGAUACAUCCAUCUCCAAAGUCAAACCUUUCUUAGUAAAAAUAUGCAUUGCUUACUUCAAUUUUCCCCACUUCCUAAGGAGCGCGGGCGGUACAGUAAAUGCAAGACCUGAGAAGCAAUAACCUGAACUAGUACCUGAUUUUGCAUUGAGUUCAUAUUUUACUUGAAGCAGUUUUUGGCCUAAUAAGAGGAACUACUAUGCUUCAGCCUUAUCAUGAGUACAGAAAUACAAGUAUCUUCAGCAUCCUUAGGAAUGAACAACGGUGCAAACAGCAAUACAGGCUCUUUUAAAAUACUGUAAAUGUGGCCAAAAUGUUCUUUUUAAUUACAUUAUGCUGGACAUAGCUGGAUAAUUCUUUUUUGUCUGUUUGUAAUAACAUCAUUUGCAAUUUCAUACCACAUCUGGUUCUGUUCCUUUAUCAUUCUGCAAUGGUUAUAACAUGGAAGCUCUACUUUCUGUGCCUCCCUUUUCCAGAACACUAAGCUGGCUUCAAUAUGUCCAAGGCAAGAUCUAACUAUGGACAGGAAGGGUGUCCAUCUCAAAUUCAGCCAAAAUAGUUAAACAUCUUUGAAAGUACAAAGUAAAUUACAAAUGACAACAAGAGAAUCUUUUUUUUUGUUUUAAGACAGCAAAAUGCCUUCUGAAAUUAUUAAGAUGCUGGACCAUCUGAUUACAUACUUGAUAGAUUUUUAUAAUGAUCACAGGGAUAAAUCAUCCCUUAUCAGAAAACAUCCAACUGUUACAUUUCAUGCAGUGCGGGAUAUCAAGCUGAACAAGUCCUAAUCGACUGCUGCACACACAAAUACCAGGUUUACACACACAGUGCCGUUUUCUGCAACAGUUCAGUGCCAGCUCCGUCCUGCUGAGCCACUUCUUUGAAGCUUGAUUUUAAGCUAUUAGCCUAGUUAGAGGAGUUGUAGAGAGGACUCUCAGAACUAAAUAGCUCUCUCAAUAUUACAAUUUUAUUAAUAUUCACUGAAUUUUAUUUAAACAUUACCAAAGCUGAAACACUGCAUACUUAAAUAACUGGCCUCUCUUUGAGUAACACAAGGUCAUUUAAUUAUCUUAAAAAAGAAGCAAAAUAAUUAUAGACAUUUGUCAAAUACAGCUGUAUAGUUAACAUUUUUUGGAAAUGCCUUGGGAGCUCAAAAAGGUUCAAACUGUGAAAGAAAAAUAAGGUAAGAGUGUGUAUAUAAAUUAACAAACAAAAAAAAACCCAACAUAUAACGAAAGGGAUUCCAAUCGAUGUUACUACACAGCAUCUGAAUUAAGCUUUGGAAACAGGAAUUCUAGCAAUAACCGAAGCUGCCAUUUGCCCAUUAAAUGCAUUGUCUUCCUGUGUAUCAAUUUUCUGCCUAAAUUCACACCAAGAUGAAUGCGGCCUUUGGUUAUUUUGGGAUGCCUCAGUUGAUGGGAUCACCAUAUUAACAGAAUGAGUUUUCAAUGUAAGGAACUGUCUAGUUGUAAAACUACAAGGUAAAUAAAAGAAGUUAAAAAUGA